AUGUUAGGUUUAGCUGAUAAUAUUUUGAGAGGUGUCAACUUCUGUUUCUUCGUUAUCUGUUUAGGUUUAGUUGGUUCUUUACUAGCGACUCAAAAUCAACAUAGUUCAAGAGUCAACUACUGUAUUUUCGUCCCUCCAUUCGCUCUAGUCACAGACACCUUCUACGGUGCCCUGGCCAAUAUAUGGUCCACUCCAUUGGCUUGGCCAAUUAUUCUGUUCUGUUUCGACUUCUUAAACUUCGCCUUCACGUUCACUGCUGGUACCGUGUUGGCUGUAGGCACAAGAACUCACUCAUGUACUAACCAAUCCUACUUGGAUUCCAACAAUAUCACACAAGGUUCCACUGACAGAUGUAGAAAAGCCCAAGCCGCCACCGCCUUCUUCUACUUCUCCUUCUUCAUCUUCCUAGCUAAGUUGAUCAUGUCGUCGAUUAACUUAUUCACAAACGGUGCUUUAGGUUCGAUGAGCUUCGGUAGACGUAGAGGUGGUGCCGGCGUAGGUGUCCCAGGUGCUGCCUCCCCACAAAUCGGUGUUCCAAACAUCUCUCAAGUUUAG